CCAGCCCGUCACCAGCCAGUGAUCGGUGCAUAGGUUGGGUUAACCUACUGCUACCCAGCUAUGAGGUCUACAUGACAAAAGAACCUGCUAGACCCCAUUCUUCCCCUUUCACCUCGAUUGGCGCAGUUAUGUCUUUGGGUCGCGGCUCCCUUUCGCCAUGCCUGCGGAACGCCUGUACCUGCUCCUGUCGGUGUUUUUGAUUUCCUGCGGGGAUGGUGUCGUGAAGGCGGCAGAGGGUGGUGCUCCACCCGCCAACGGCCUACCAUCGUUGGAUGGGGACAAUGCCGUCGCCACUGUCACUGGCGCAUCUGUCACUAGACAGGCGGCUCAUCAAGUCCAGACGCCGACCGUCCCAACAGCAGAGCCCCCGUUUGUCCUGAGGGUCCUGGUGAAGGACCAGGUGACCCGCCGGCCACUAGCCGGGGCUGUGGUGGACGUGUAUGUGAACCACACCCGGAGCAGCUCUGCCCUGAGCGGGGGGAGAGGAGAGGUCCUCCUCCGGGCUCCCUACAGACCAGGCCUCAGCCUCACCCUGCUGGCCAGCAUGGUGGGCUAUGUCCCCACCCCCCUCCCCUGGAGGACCGCAAAAAGACCAAUAUUUUCCUCUGUGACGUUAUUGCUGCUGCCUCAAAACCAGGGGAACAUCUGGAUGUUUGAGGACUCCGUGCUUCUCACUGGAAAGUUACCUGAUAUCUCCUCUCAGGCCAGUGUUCAGUUUCCCAAGAACCUCCUCAUGUUUUCAAGCAACAGCAACAUAUCUUCAUUGAUCGCCUACCUGACUGUACCACAGCGCAGCCUAGCAAAGGACUGUGUCAACUGCACUGUCGGCACUAUCAGCAAGAAGUCAGGGUACAGAAGUGUUGAGCUGAAGGCCGUGGCGGCCCUCAGUGCCAGCCUGUACUAUGCUGGUGAGGAGCUCCAGGUGCGGGGGCCCAUCCAGAUCACCCUCCCCCUGGAAGAGCCCACUUCCCUCAGGCCCUCAGACACCGUGCCUGCCUGGGCCUUUAAUACCAAGACAGGUGGUUGGGAGAAUCAGGGUCUUGGAAUAGUAAAAAUGGUAAACAAUCACCUGGUCUGGACCUACAUGGCCUCUCAUCUUGGGUACUGGAUUGCUGCAUCCAUUCCCUCCUCCAGUGAUUACAUGGGACAUGCAAGCUCCAUGGAAUUCCUGUCAUACCACAGUUACUUGCUUGUGGGAAUAUUGGGUGGGACUUUGGCGAUCGUCAUUGGGGGUCUGUGUGUGCUGCUUUGCCAUUGUGGAGGUUCACGUCAUCAACCAAGGAGAAGGAGUGUGCGCUUUUCCAAACUGUCGGUUAUGAAGAAGGACCAGACGACCUCCACCCACCUGGAGGAGGGGGGCCACGGCCUGUCUUUCCACCCCGGCGAGAGAGCCCACGGCCUGGCCUCACGCAGCGUCCAGUGUGACCCCUCAUCCACUCCUAGGCACAAAGCCAACUACAACAUCUACGUAGAAGACCCAGGGGUUCGCUCUGCGGGCCCUCUGUACGAGAACGUCGGUUCAGAACGGACCAAGGGGCCCCAGUCCUCGUCUCAUUACAUCAACAGCGACGAGGUGGCUCGCCUGAGGGAGAGGUCCGACCAGAACUGGGCCGGGAUGGGGGCAGGCCAGGACAUGUUCUUCCAAGACAAGCUGGUCCACAUCUACAACCAGCCCGUGGCCAUCAUCCAGGCCCCUGAGCUUUUUAGCUCGCUGGAGCAGCAAGGGUCAGGCUGCAAGUCAGCCACCUUCCCCCGCAAUGGAGGCGACUAUGACCCUCAUUUGGAGGCCAGCAGUAAUGACAACUACACCCAGACCCUCCCUAAGAUCCCCCACCACUCCCAGACGGGUCUUGACCCCAAGCAGGGUGGCCAGGACCAGCCCCAGGCACUGGAGGCUCCACCCCAAGGACAGGGGGGCUCCAACCCUGGAGUGUGGGGCCGAUAUAGCAGCCUCCUCGAAUCCUCUGUGUCUGUCCCGGGGACCCUCAACGAGGCCGCUGGCAUGGGGCCCUUUGGAGGUGGUCAUGGGGUCCCCAGUGAGCUACAAGGGAUCUCAGAGCGCACCUUGCUGGAGCUGACACGGGGCAAGUCCUCCUCUCCUCACCCCAGGGCCUGGUUUGUGUCUCUGGAUGGGAAGCCCGCCGCCUCGGUUCGCCACUCCAUCAUCGAGCUCCAGGGCCGCCACCGGCCAACCAGCAGCAACGACACAAGCCUGGACUCCGGGGUGGACAUGAACGAGCCGCUGCAGAGCAUCCGCGAGGUGGAGCGGGAGAGGCCCUCAGGGAGGGCGUCCUCCUUCCCUUACCACAGCAGGGGGCGCUACGGCGAGGACCAGGAUCUGAGCAGCAGUGAGAGCGGGACCACCGCCACCUGCACCCCCGAAGACCCCUAUCUCCGGAACAUUCUGGACGGGAGCAGCGGCGCCAUCCCCAACAUUCCAGAGGAGCGGGAUGGCAUGGAUACCUCCAGCGCUCAGGAGGACAGCGAGUCCAGGGCCACGCCGCCUCCACGCCGGCUGAGGAAGGUGAGGGAUAAAGGGAGGGCCGACAAGAGGAGUGCCAGGCAUGUCAGAGAGGAGAGGCAGUUGACGAAGCGAAGUUAAAGCUCUGAACACCAACUGACAAAUACGUCCAUCCAAUCAACAAAAUCGAGCCUUACUUCAGUCCCGACUGCACGGUCAUUUCUAAAUUCAAAUUGUCCUCCAUGGAAAAGUCUUUAACCCUAAAACUUGCAUACGUAUUGGCAUAGUGGUCAGUGCAUUGCUGCGCGACAAAAAGUCACACACGAAGUAAGCUACAGAGGCAGGAUGUUUGACAAUUUGGUUGACAUGCCGGGCGCCAGUUGCGGACUCACCAUAAACUUGGAAUAAUCACCAGCGGGACAUUCUACAGUGUCUACGCAUGUCUCAUUGCCCCCUAAUUCUUGAAAACAGCACCAGAGGGUGCCUUCCUUCAGCCUGUUGUUAUUUUGGAUGUGUGCCGAUAGUUUGCGAUCAAAUUAAAGGAUACAGAUUUUGAGCAGUGUAGAAUCGACUGGAAAUUGUAUCUAUAGAACAGAUGAGCAGGCUGUAUAAAGACAGUCCUUGUACAGUACACUUACUCGCACCAUAAUUGCCUGCUUUUGAAACAAAAUCUAUAUUUACGCAACUUCACAUCCACAAUGCUUACUUCUGGGUUACUCUCAGCUGACCUUCAAACCAACAAUUUUCUUUAAAUUUAAAGAGUCCAGGUUGCAUUUGCGAUAUAUUCAAGGUCUUAUAUUGGACCAAACAUACAAGAGCACUGGAAAGCAGACACGUAUGUACAUUAUAUUGCGAUGCUCAACUGCCCCUUGUGAGGUCUUCAUUGUUUUGGGGCUUGACCCCUUUAUUUGAGAAUGCAUGAAAGGAAAUAUUACACUGCGACAAGAAAGAAGUUACUUAGAUUUUACAUAAAGCGUCUUAAACCAUGUAAAUGCUGCCGUGAUCUGAGGUCGAUGUAAACAGUCAUAUCUUACAUUAAUAUAUUUGUCAAACACUGUAGUAACUGUAGUUGUUCAAAGGUUUGCUAGUCAUAAAUCUCACACUGAUCUCUUUCAUAUGGCUUGAUGAGGUUUUCCUUGAUGAGUUCAGCCAAGCACAGAACACUUUUAUCUGUUUGUGACAUUGUAUUUGACCACAGUUGGGGAGUAGACAUACAGUACAGACUGUCUAAUAUGCGUUUAGUAGUUGAAAUCACAAUGAAAACUUACAGAACAAGAAAUGGGUGGUGGGUGUAGGUGAGGGAUGGAGCAUUUGUCUGCAGAUGUUGAGGUUGCAGGUUGAAAUUCUCCUCUGUAUGUCGCUUUCGAUAAAAGUGUCUGAAAUUAAUACAUUGUUAUUGUUAAAUUAGUAUAAUAGAACACAGCCAAAGUGUUCAGUUUUCACAGCACUCAAUUGGCAAUAGAGGUUAUUAAUUCAAUGACUUCUUACUGUGAAGAAAUUUGAUGCAGCACAAACUGAUGCUAAUUUCCUGGAAACGACUUAUCCAGCAAUAUUAGAGUGUGUGCUGAAUUUGAAACAUCAUCGGCAUU